AAGAGGCGCGUGGGGCUGUCGGCUCCCUGAUGUGCGCGCGCGAUUUCUUUGGACCCAUCCGUGAGCUUUAGGAGAACCAAACAUGGCAAACUUGGAAGAAAGCUUCCCCCGAGGCGGUACAAGGAAAAGCCACAAAUCAGAGAAAUCUUCCCAGAAGGCAGUUGAACAAGACAACUUAUUUGAUAUUUCUACAGAAGAAGAAUCCACUAAAAGGAAAAAGAGCCAGAAAGGGCCAGCAAAAACAAAAAAAUUAAAAAUUGAAAAGAGACAAACCAGCAAAUCUGUGAAAGAGAAGUUUGAAAUUCUUAAUAUUGAGUCCCUAUGUGAGGGAAUGCGGAUUUUGGGUUGUGUGAAAGAGGUCAGUGAGCUGGAACUGGUGGUCAGUCUUCCCAAUGGCCUCCAAGGCUUUGUGCAAGUGACUGAAAUCUCUGAUGCCUACACUCAGAAGUUGAACGAGCAGGUGGCACAGGAAGAACCUCUUGAGGACCUACUUCGCUUGCCUGACCUUUUCUCACCUGGAAUGUUGGUGAGAUGUGUGGUGAGCAGCCUGGACAUCACAGAGACGGGCAAGAAGAGUGUCAAACUUUCUGUGAAUCCCAAACAUGUCAACAAAGUGCUGAGUGCUGAGGCCCUGAGGCCUGGCAUGCUGCUGACAGGCACAGUGUCAAGCCUGGAAGACCAUGGCUACUUAGUGGACAUUGGUGUUGGUGGGACCAGAGCUUUUCUGUCACUGCAGAAAGCCCAAGAAUACAUUCGACAGAAGAACAAAGGUGCUAAGCUCAAAGUUGGCCAGUACCUGACCUGUCUUGUUGAAGAAGUGAAAAGCAACGGAGGAGUUGUGGCUCUCUCUAUAGAGCACUCAGAGAUUUCUUCUGCCAUUGCAACUGAGGACCAAAGCUGGAACCUGAACACCUUGCUGCCAGGGCUGGUGGUCAGAGCCCAGGUGCAGAAGGUAACUCAGUUUGGACUCCAGCUAAACUUCCUUACAUUCUUUACGGGCCUGGUUGACUUCAUGCACCUGGAGCCCAAGAAAAUUGGAGCAUAUUCUUCCAAGCAAACAGUAAAAGCCUGUAUCCUCUGCAUCCAUCCUCGCACCAGAGUUGUGCGACUGAGCCUGCGUCCCAUCUUCCUGCAGCCUGGGCGUCCACUCACCCGCAUCUCUUACCAGCACCUAGGGGCUGUGCUGGAUAAUGUUCCUGUUCAGGGUUUUUUCAAGAAGGCUGGGGCUACCUUCAGGCUGAAGGAUGGGGUACUGGCCUAUGCCCGGCUCAACCAUCUCUCUGAUUCUAAGAAAACAUUCAAUGCUGAGGCCUUCAAACCAGGGAGCACUCACAAGUGCAGAAUUAUUGACUACAGCCUAAUGGAUGAGCUGGCCUUGCUGUCUCUGCGGAAAUCAGUUAUUGCAGCUCGGUUUCUUAGAUAUCAUGACAUCAGGACAGGGACAGUGGUAAAGGGCACAGUGUUGGCUAUCAAGCCAUUUGGAAUACUGGUGAAGGUGGGUGAGCAAAUAAAAGGCCUAGUAUCUUCCUUGCACCUGACUGAUGUCAUGAUGAAGAAUCCAGAGAAGAAGUACCAUAUAGGGGAUGAGGUCAAGUGCAGGGUUUUGAUCUGUGACCCUGAAGCUAAGAGGCUAAUAAUGACCCUGAAGAAAACACUUGUCACAUCCACGCUACCUGCCAUUACCUGCUAUGAGGAUGCCAAGCCUGGCCUACAGACUCAUGGUGUUAUCAUAAGGGUCAAGAACUAUGGCUGCAUCGUAAAGUUCUACAACAGUGUGCAGGGGCUUGUGCCCAAGCAUGAGCUCAGUACCCAGCAUAUCCCUGACCCAGAAAAAGUCUUUUACGCUGGCCAGGUGGUAAAGGUGGCAGUGCUGAACUGUGACCCUUCCAAAGAGAGGAUGCUCCUGUCCUUCAAACUGUUGAGUGAUUCAGAGCCACAGAAUGAGAGUGUCGAAAACAGUCAGAAGAAAGAAGGAGCCGUUAACAUUGGGCAGUUGGUGGACGUAGAGGUUUUGGAGAAGACCAGAGAUGGACUGGAGGUGACCAUCCUGCCCCAUGGCACCCCGGGUUUCCUCCCCACACCUCACCUGUCAGACCAUGUCGCCCACGGCCCACUGUUGCAUCACUGGCUCCAAGCAGGCGACACUCUCCAUCGAGUUCUGUGUCUGAGCCAGGGCGAGAGACAUACUCUUCUUUGUAGGAAGCCAGCUUUGGUCUCCACAGUAGAAGGUGGCCAGGACCCUAAGAGCCUCUCAGAAAUCCAGCCUGGAAUGCUGCUCAUUGGUUAUGUGAAGAACAUCAAGGACUACGGUGUAUUCGUCCAGUUCCCCUCGGGUCUUAGUGGACUGUCCCCCAAAUCUAUCAUGAGUGACAAGUUUGUAACCACUCCAAGUGACCACUUUGUGGAGGGUCAGACGGUCGUUGCUAAGGUGACCAACGUGGACCAGUUGAAGCAGAGGAUGCUGCUGUCUCUGCGGCUGUCAGACUGCAGUCUGGGGGAUUCGGCCAACACCAGCUUCACCCUUCUGUGCCAGUGCCUGGAAGAGCUGCAGGGCAUCCGAAGCCUCAUGAGCAACCAAGACUCUGUAUUGACCCAAACACUGGCUGAGAUGACCCCAGGGAUGGUCCUUGAUGUCAUGGUACAAGAGGUGCUGGAAGAUGGUUCAGUGUUGUUCAGUUGUUCUGUGCCGGACCUGAUCUUGAGAGCCACCAACUACCAUCGGGCAGGCCAGGAGGUAGAGCCCGGGCAGAAGCGGAAGGUAGUAGUCCUGCAUGUGGACAUGUUGAAGUUGGAGGUGCAUGUUUCCCUUCAGCAGGACUUGGUGAAUAGGAAGACUAGAAAGCUGAGAAAAAGCAGUAGAUACCAGGGCAUCGUGCAACAUCUGGAGGAGUCCUUUGCUGUGGCCUCCUUGGUGGACACUGGCCACCUUGUGGGUUUCUCCCUGACCUCUCACCUCAACGAUACCUUCCACUUUGACUCUGAGAAGCUACAUGUGGGGCAGGGUGUCUGCCUCACCCUCAAGACCACAGAACCAGGAGUGACCGGUCUGAUUUUGGCUGUGGAAGGGCCAGCUUCUAUGAGGACCAUGAGGCCAGCUGGGAAGGAUUCAGAGACAGUUGAGGUUAAAGAGGAGGAAGACAGGAACUCAGAUAUACCUGUGAAAUCUAAAAGGAAGCAUAGCUUAGCUAUUGGGGACAAAGUCACUGGGACCAUUAAGUCUGUGAAGGCCACACACGUUGUUGUGACUCUAGAAAAUGGCAUCGUUGGCUGUAUCCACGCCUCCCGCAUUCUAGAUGAUGUUCCAGUGGGCACCUCUCCUAUGAGCACACUGAAAGUUGGGGAGAAAGUCACUGCGAGGGUAAUCGGUGGGCGAGAUGUGAAGACAUCUAGGUUUCUCCCAAUAAGUCACCCCAGAUUUACUCUGACCAUCGUGGAGCUGAGUGUUCGGCCAAGUGAGUUGAAGAAGAAUAGCUACAGUGCUCUUAAUACUCACUCUGUGAGCCCUAUGGAGAAGAUUAAGGAAUACUCACCUGGUCAGACUGUGACGUGUUUCCUCAAGAAGUACAACGUGACUAAGAAGUGGCUUGAAGUGGACAUUGAGCCAGACGUCCGAGGGAGAAUUCCCUUGUUGCUCACUUCCCUCAACCUUAAGGUUCUGAAACACCCAGACAAGAAGUUCCAGAUUGGGCAGGCUAUCAGGGCCACUGUGGUGGGCUCAGACAGCCCUAAGGCUUUCUUAUGUCUGUCACUCAUAGGUCCUUACAAACUUGAAGAAGGGGAAGUAGCCAUGGGCCGAGUGUUAAAGGUGGUACCCAACAAGGGACUGACCAUCUCCUUGCCCCUUGGGAAGAUAGGGAGAGUCAGUUUAUUUCAUGUGAGUGACUCCUUCUCUGAGGCACCCCUGGAGGACUUCUUUCCCCAGAAGAUUGUCAGAUGUUACAUCCUGUCUGCAGCACACCGUGUGUUGGCUUUGUCAUUACGAUCAUCCAGGACAAACAAAGAGACAAAAAGUAAAAUAGAAGAUCCAGAAAUUGACUCCAUCCAGGAUGUCAAGGAAGGGCAGCUCCUGAGGGGCUACGUGAAAUCUGUCCUGGGAAGUGGUGUGCUUGUAAGCCUUGGGCCUACAGUUAUGGGUUUAGCCCAGUACGCCCAUGUCUCUCAGUGUAGCCCACCUGAGAAAGAGCUUUAUAACAGAUACCUCCCUGAGGGAAAGCUGAUCACUGCCAAGAUCCUAAGUGUGAACCCCAAGAGGAACCUGAUAGAGCUGUCACUCCUUCCCAGCGACACUGGGAAGCCGGAUGUGUUUUCUGCCUCCCCAGAACCAGAACAAGAAGUGAGAAAAGGAGGGGCUGAGGAGGACCUAAAAGGAAAAGAAAAGAAGAAAAAGAACCAAAAAAGGAAAAAGAAGAAUCAGAAGGAGCAAGAGAAGUCGGAGUUGUCUAGCCAAGAGAAGAAAGAGUCCCAGAAGUCACAGAGGAAUGGGCAGGGCAAGCGAGAGCGCCAGGAAUCUGCAGAUGAGCAGGAAAGACUGAGCAAGAGGCCAAAGAAGUCUGGGCCACCGGAAGAGGACGACAGUGGUGUGGAGGUGUACUACCGGGAAGGAGAGGAGGACAUGGAGAGGCCAAAGGCACUGCCUGCGGGAAAACAGAAAAAGCCCACAGAGGUGCCCCGGCUGCAGCUCUCUUCAGGCUUCAUUUGGGAUGUGGAUCUCGAUACUCUGACUCCAGCCUUACCAUUCAGAGGAGAGAGCUCAGACAGCGAGGAGGAUGAGAAGCCACAGCCAGCCAAGAAAAAGGGCAAGAAAGAAAGGGAGCUGGAGAGGCAGAAGGCGGAAAAGGAGCUGUCGCGCAUUGAAGAGGCACUCAUGGACCCAGGGCGGCAGCCAGAGUCGGCUGAUGAAUUUGACCGUCUGGUGCUGAGCUCCCCCAACAGCUCCAUCCUGUGGCUGCAGUACAUGGCUUUCCACCUGCAGGCCACCGAGAUUGAGAAGGCCCGGGCUGUAGCUGAGAGGGCCCUGAAGACCAUCUCCUUCAGAGAGGAACAGGAAAAGCUGAAUGUGUGGGUGGCACUGCUGAACCUAGAAAACAUGUACGGCUCUCAGGAGUCCCUGACUAAGGUCUUCGAGCGAGCUGUGCAAUACAAUGAGCCCCUCAAGGUUUUCCUGCAUCUGGCUGACAUCUACACCAAGUCUGAGAAGUUUAAGGAAGCUGGUGAGCUGUACAACCGAAUGCUGAAGCGUUUCCGGCAGGAGAAGGCUGUCUGGAUCAAAUAUGGUGCCUUUGUUUUGAGGAGGAGCCAGGCUGGGGCCAGUCACCGUGUGCUGCAGCGAGCCCUGGAGUGCCUACCCACCAAGGAGCAUGUAGACGUGAUUUCCAAAUUUGCCCAGCUAGAGUUUCAGCUGGGGGACCCAGAGCGGGCUAAAGCCAUUUUUGAGAACACACUAAGCACCUACCCAAAACGCACAGAUGUCUGGUCAGUCUACAUCGACAUGACCAUCAAGCAUGGCAGCCAGAAAGAAGUCAGGGACAUCUUUGAACGGGUCAUCCAUCUGAGCCUGGCCCCUAAGAGGAUGAAGUUCUUCUUCAAACGCUACCUGGACUACGAGAAGCAGCACGGCACUGAGAAGGAUGUGCAGGCUGUCAAGGCGAAGGCCUUGGAGUACGUGGAGGCCAAGAGCUCAGUGAUGGAGGACUAGUAGCCACAGACUCCACUGAGCAGUGGUGGCAGCAGGCUCCUGGAUACUGGGAACAUUGCCUGGGGACUGUUACGACUGUUUACAUGCUGCUUUUUACCGCAUGCCUGCAGGCUUGUGAUGUUCCAGGAAGGGAGAGAGGGAGGCAGACUCGGCUUACUGCUGCCAAGUUCCCCAUCCUGUCAGAAUAAAGAAUUCUGGGAGGCUUUCCCCUUUAAAAAAAAAAAAAAAAAUUCUUUUGAGACAGGGUUCUUACUCUAUGGCCCUGACUGGCCUGGAACCUAUUGUGUAGACCUGGCUGGUCUUGGACUCAGAAAUCCACUGCCUCUGCCUCCCAAGUGCUGGGAUUAAAGAGACAUGUGCUAUCAUUUCUUGCUUUUAAAAAUAUGUUUAUAUAUAUUUUUUUAAUUUAGGGUGCUACAGAUUGAGCCAAGGCCUUAAACAUGCUAAGCAAGUGUUCUUUCACUAAACUGUACCCUCGCCAUUGAGGUUUUAAAGCUCUUGUUUUGUUUUAUAUAAUAUAUUAUGUCUUCCUUUGCCUUUCCUGGGGUUGCUCAGUAUUUUCAGGCAACAGGCUCUUGGGCUUCCAGAAAAAAACAAGCAUUCCUCUUUCAGGAGAGUUUGCUGCAGUCUAAGAACAGAAAGGCAAAUGACAGCAGAUUUUGUGAUCAGGAUCCCACUUUGUCCCUUGGCAAGCUCUCAGUCCACACCCAAGAGGUGGGUAAGGUAUAAGAAAGACUGUACAUCCUGUGGUCCUGAGGUCCAGGCAUUGUGUCAGCUCAGCCUGUACCAUCUGCCCUGUUGUGGAGCCUGGGAUGCUGAGAUGGGAGGACAGAGGAAGAAUCCUGGGAGCAGGGGGACAGGACUGGGACACUGAAGCUACUCAGGACAGCUGAAAAGACUGGUUUAUUUGCCUACUCUCCCAGACUCACCAUGGCCCAGUCACCCCACCUCCUCAAAUCUGGCACAACCUGGCAUUCUGAGAUGCUAGCACAGACCUUUUUUUUUUGGCUUGGGCCUAACGGAAAUUAAAAAGCUUUCUCUGACAGAG